AUGUCAGAAGUCCUUGCAGACUCUCCUGUGAGCUAUGGAACCAAAGAUGAGGCAUCUCUCGACAAACAUAUUGUCAAAGGCAAAGAAGCCACUGUGGAGGCGAAAAUACAACCACAGACACCAAAAGAUCCCGUAACAUCAACAGCCGCGCCUUCGUACCUAAGCCCUCUCAAACAAGCGAUUCUGGUCAUCGCAUUGAUGCUCGCCACGUUCAUCGUUGGCCUCGACACGAGUGUCAUCGCCACCGCAAUCCCCACUAUCACAAAGGAAUUCCACAGCGUCGGCCAGGUCGGAUGGUAUGGCUCUGCGUUCCUGAUGUGCCUGGCCAUGUUUCAGGGUGUCUGGAGCAAGGCCUACAAAUACUUUCCGCAGAAGAUAGUCUUCCUUUCGUGCAUCUUCAUUUUCGAGAUCGGGAGUCUCGUGGUCGCUCUCGCCCCCAACAGCGUGGCCGUUAUCGCCGGCCGUGCUGUUCAGGGACUCGGUGGCGCAGGCCUCACCUCAGGAUGCUACAUCAUCGCCGCAUUCAUUGUGCAACCCUCGCGCCUGUCCAUAGUCAUGGGACUGUUCGGUGCCAUUUGGGCUUGCGUAUCAGUCUUGGGUCCUGUGCUGGGUGGGGUAUUCACCCAAGAUCUGACCUGGAGAUGGUGCUUCUGGAUCAAUUUGCCUGUAGGAGGUGUCACGUUUCUCGUCAUCCUCUUUCUCUUCAGUACACCAGCACACUCUCAGUCCGUCAAAGCUCCGCCCUGGAGAAUGCUCCCUCGCGAGUUCGAUGCAUUAGGAGUUGUUCUUGGGCUAGGCGCCUGGAUCUGCCUGCUGCUCGUGCUGCAAGAUGGUGGUCUCGAAUACCCGUGGAAAUCAAGCUUCUCCAUCGGCUUACUCAUUGGUUUCUGGCUGUUUGUCGGCGCCUUCGUUGCGGCGGAGUUGAUACAGGGCGACACUGCCACAGUCCCGAAGCGACUGUUGAAGAGUCGUACCACUGCAGCAUGUGCCAUUUACAGCUUCGUCUCCAACGCCGGCGGUGUCUCCAGAACAUAUACCCUUCCCAUCUACUUCCAGGCUGUUCAAGGAGUCUCGCCGUCGGACAGCGGCGUGCGCACAAUUCCUAGCGUGCUAUCAUUCUCCCUCGCAACUUUCAGCUGUGCUAUCCUUCUGGGAAAGGUCGGUUACUAUCAGCCUUUCCUGUGGGCAGGCGGCAUCUUGAUUACGAUAGGUUCUGGUCUUUAUUACACUUUGGAUCCAAGUUCGUCAGCGGGACGUUGGAUCGGAUACCAGAUCAUAGCAGGUGUUGGCCAGGGCAUCGUCAUCCAGCUCCCUGUCAUGGUUGCCCAGAGAGUCUCAGCGCGACAAGAUCUGUCUGUCAAUGUAGGGAUCAUGAUGUUUGCCCAGUUUGUUGGAGGAGGUUUCGGUGUAUCGACCGGCCAAGCUAUCCUUAACAAUCGCCUCAUCGACACGCUUCCAGCUGGUAACUCCGCUGUCACUUCUGCGUACGUGCUAGCUGCCGGUGCCACUGGACUCCGACAAGCGUUUCCCAAUCCUCAAGACCUCCGGACCGUCGUGGCCUCGUACAUGGUUGGUCUCAGGGACGCAUGGAUUUUCACGACCGCCAUGAGUGGCGCUGCUUUUGUCGCAGCGUUUGUGGGAGAAUGGAGGUCCAUCAAUGAGCCCGCCCCGGGUGCAAAGUCUCUGGUUGAAACGACAUCUACAAACAAUGAGGCAGGGGAGGUUAAAUCAUGA